AUGCUUGAGGAGUGGCAGACUGGGAUAGUGGUUCUUUUCUUUAAAAAGGGGGACCAGAGGGUGUAUGCCAUCUACAGGGGUAUCACACUUUUCAGCCUUCCUGGCCUCAGGGAAGACCCAGGACGCCAGGUAAUUGUCCCCUACACCGUGAGCAAUGAGUACACCAGCUCAGAGAAGCAGUUGAUCAGCAGCGCCUUGCAGGGCUUCAGCGGCAGUACCUGUAUCCGCUUCGUCCCCCGUAGCAACGAGUACGACUACAUCACCAUGCAGAACCAAGGAGGAUGUUUAUCCUCACUGGCCAAAGUGGGGGGUGGUCAGGUGCUCUCUCUCAGCAGGCGGGGCUGCCUCUACUACGGCAUCGUCCAGCACGAGUUCAGCCACGCUCUGGGCUUCCAGCACGAACAGUGCAGAAGCGACCGUGACAGCUACAUCAGGAUCAUGUGGGAAAACAUCGACCCUGCUCAGGCCUACAACUUCAACAAGCAGGACACCAACAACCUGAACACGCCCUAUGACUACGGCUCCAUCAUGCACUAUGACAGAACAGCCUUCUCCAUCAACGGGAGAGACACGAUGGUCCCCAUCCCCAACUCUAACGUCCAGAUCGGCCAGAGGCAGGGCUUGUCCUCCUGGGACAUCACAAGGAUCAAUAAGCUCUAUGGCUGCUAAUAAUGCUAAAUGCUA